UGGCUGCACGGGAGAGAGGGGAGGACACGCUGGAGCCGCGCUGUUGCAAGGCGGCUGUGGUGAAGAGGAUCGUGGAGCUCAUCGAGGAGCUUCCCGAGGACUCGUCACCCAGCGCCGUCCUCGCCCACUCCCUGGCUGCAGUGGGCAACCUCUGCACCAUGAAACCUGCUCUGGAGCCAGACCUAGAGACCCACCUCUUGCGAGCUGCCCUUCACUCCGUCUUCACCCUGGGCACGGAGAGGGACACCACCGGCAUCCAGACUCUGCACAAAGUCAUCCCAGAGGUCCUGGAUGCCAUGCUGGGGAAUCUGCUGGCAGAGUCCCCAGACACAGACAGGCUCCACUUCAUCUUGGAGCAUGUCAACUUCUGGGUCGUGUCCAGGGUGUCCCAGGAGCGAGCCAGGGCCAUCAGGAGCAGCACAGCCCUGCUGAGAUACACAGUCACCCUCCCUGAGUUUGACAUCUCUGCCGAGUUCCCCAGGAUGGGGCACCAUGUGGCCCAGCUGGCUCUAUUUGUCAGCGAUCCGGACAAGGACAUCAGCCGGCAGGCCAGGGAGGGGACUUACCGGCUCUACCAGCUGCUGCUCCGACAGAGGGGUAAGGAACCCAGCUGGGACACGGAACCCAAUAGGGGACUGAGAGUGACCACAGGUGGAGAAUGGGACCCCAGACCAUUUCUCUCCGACUGACCCCAGCUGGAGGACAAGUCUCUCUCUGCCUCUCUUCUUCUCCACUCCACUGUGGAGCCACCAAUGGGAUUGGAAGGACACAGAAACUGCAACCAGAAGGAGAAAAGUCUCUCUCUCUCUCUCUUCCAGGCCUGACCAUACAUGACGCCGAAGAUCUCUGGUGCUAUGACUGGCACCAGGACAGAAGGCUGUUGGGCUACAAAAAUACAGCCAGAGUUGGGGAGGUCUUUGGAAAAUUCUUCUGCGACGGGCAGAAAAGAUCCUUUCUGCAGACAGCAGUGCUGGCCAUCCACGACCCCCUGCUACGUGUCAGCCAGGCUGGGCUGGUGCUCGUCUACUCCCUCCUGGGGGAAGCCCAGCAACUGAUGGGGGUCACGGUAAGCAGCUGCAAUCCACUCAGGAGCUUGGGGUGGGGCCCAGGACCUCAUUCCCAUCCGAUCGCCAUUCACUGGCCUGGUAGCAAGGAGCCUAGUGGGGACUUCUGGACU